AUGCAAACAAGCUUGGAUCAAGAUUCAGUGCGUGAACUGAUGAAUAAGUCAGCAAUAAAUGCAGUAAAAUUACUCACAUCCAACCAGUCAAUGAAACAGACGUACUAUAUAAAAAUCUCUGAUGUGCCAAGAAGAUUGAAAUGGUAUGACAUAAUGAUCAAAUUGCAAAAGGAAUAUAAGCUUAAUUUUAUCACAAGCGUGCAUAAUUGUCAAUCGUCAAAUAACAUCCGAUCUAUGGUGAUUGGAAUUAAAAAUGAUAUCGAAUUCAGAACAUUCAUGUCACGAGGCGAAGUAGUUAUAGUAAAGGGAUAUCGGUUAAUCGUAGAAGAGACGAGAAGGCCAUUAGGAAUGAAUUUUGUAAGAGUGCCAGAAGAAUUGAAAGGUGAUGUCAAGAAAUUGCCGAGAGUCAUAUCAUUUGAUGCAGGAAGCUCGUAUUCUAAAGUAUUUCCUGAAGAAAUGAUAAUUGAAAUAUUAAUAGAGAUGGAAGCUGACGGUUGGAUACUAAACGGACUGGAAGGGAUUUGGCUUAAGUACAUUCACCACGAAAGAAGGCUCGACGAUAAAGUCAUAAUGUCAGUGGAUGAAACGAUUAGUUUCAAUGUGAUAUCUCGUUUCUUAGUCGAAUAUGGAAGUACAGAGGUCAAGAAAAGAUCAUUAAGAAUAAUAAUGACCUACAAAUCCGUUUGGCAAAAUGAAAGUGUUUAUGAAAUCAAUGAUGAAGAAGAGGCAGUCUAUAGUUUAACAAAGGGGAUUUUGGAAAGAGACAUGCUGUUAAACGAGGAAAAUUUCAACAACAUAAGAGGAGUGUUGGAAGGAUAG